AGAGUAGGUGGUGAGGGAAGAGGCUGUGUUCCUUUCAGCACCUGUUAACACUGGGGAUGCCCACAGCAGUGGCUCUCAGAGGGGCACCCCAAAGCCAAUGGCUUUUCAGAUCUUCUUAGGAAGUUCAGGUGACAUGAUCAGAUCAUAUUUGUAUUGGAGGGCUCCCAGGAAAGCAAGACCUUUGAGACAGCAAGACCUCUCUGGGCUUGUGGUUGCAUAUGACCUUGGGCAACCCAUUUAAACCAUUCGGAGCCUCAGUCUCUUCCAGCUAUGAAAUGGGGAUAAUCAACAGUAUUUUCUCCAAGACAGGCAGUCAGGAUCCAGAGCUGCCACUUUUAAUAACACACUGAUGUGUUACAAAAUGUGGUCGGUUCAUAGCAGCAUGUUACAAGUCCUGGAGAAUUCUCCACAGUGUACAUUUCUUGUUCCCAAACAACCAUUGGGAUCAGAUGCUUCUGAAGGGGGUGUUCUCGGCGUCACACCUUUUUUUAUAUAACUUUUGUACGAGUGGAUGUCAUUCACAAAAUAUACAAGAAAGCCUCAUUAUUCAUGUAGCUAUGUUUUAUAAAGUCCCUGCAAAUGAUAAACUGGUGCAUAUUGAAUCAUUGCUCAUAGAGGGGAAAUAACAGUGUUAGGUUUAUUUAAGCCUCUGGCCAUAAUGUUUUUUCAACCAAUCAAGACAUAGCCCCGUUUUUGUGUGUUUCUAUUUAAAUAGCUACUGUUUCAUUAGCAUUCAACUCAUGGCCAGAGGUACUAUAACUCAUAUCUGAAAGAAACUUACCUAAUGCACAUACAUUUUCUUGAUAAGGCAUAUUGCAACCUUCGUGCUCAUUUAGGAACACUGGCAGCACUUCUGCCCUAUACUUGAGGGUUGAGGGUCUUUUAAAUUUUAUUUUAUUUUUUAUGAUUUUACUUAUUUAUUUGAGAAAGAGGGAGAGAGAGAGAGAGCGCAUGAGUGGGAGGAGGGGCAGAACAACAAGCAUAUACCCCACUAAGCACAGAGUCCAAUGCAGGGCUCGACCCCAGGACCCUGAGACCAUGACUUGAGCCAAAGUCAGACUCUAACUGACUGAGCCACCCAGGCACCCCAAGAGCCUUUUUAAACAGCAAAAUCACUGACAGAAUGCAUAAAAAUGUGAAAAUCGUAGCACAAAAUAGCCCAUGGAAAGAACACUUGUAUACGGUCUGAGAGGUAGAACAAGAAGGCAGAGCUUUGCAUUAUUUUACCUCAGACUCAAGCUUUUUGUGGCUGUAUGCAUCUCUGUGAGUGACAAGGAAAGCUUCAUAAGUAUUGAUUUUGGGGUUACCAAUAUAUUUGAGUCAGUAGGAGAAUUUGCAAAUAUGGAAUCUGCAAAUAAGAAGGAUUAAUUUGGGGCGCCUGGGUGGCUCAGUGGGUUAAAGCCUCUGCCUUCAGCUCAGGUCAUGAUCCCAGAGUCCUGGGAUCGAGCCCUGCAUCGGGCUCUCUGCUUGGCGGGGACCCUGCUUGCCUCUCUGCCUGCCUCUCUGCCUGCUUGUGAUCUCUGUCUGUCAAAUAAAUAAAUAAAUAAAUAAAUCUUAAAAAAAAAAAAAAGGAUUAAUUGUGUGUGUGUGUGUGUGUGUGUGUGUGUGUGUGUGUCUGUUCACUAAUUGGAUAUAAAUGAAUGAGACGAGAAUCCCCCUCUAUCACUCCUGAACCCUUGCUACCAAGUUCCUACCUAACUCUCAGGAACCACUGUAAUUAUAUUAUGUGGUUAUAUGUGUUUUCCCUUAGAGCACAGUUUCUUAAACUAAGCACUAUUGACCUUCGGGGCUGCAUCAUACUUUGCAGUGGGGGACAGUGGGAGAUUGUCCUGUGGAUUGUAGGGUGUUUGGCAUCAUCUCUGUUGUUGACCCACCACAUGUGAGAACCCUACCUGAGGUAAGAAAACUGAAAGAGGUCUCAGUUGUUGCUCAAUGUCCCUUGGGGGCAAAAUUGUCCCUGGUUGAGAAUCACCACUCUGGAGUUUCUUCAAGCAAAUGAGGAUGUCAAACACAUGUCCCUCUAUUUUAUACAAAAGUAAGAUAUUAACUCCACAGUGUUCUUUGGAUCUCUUUUCCCCACCUCACAGGAUAUCCAUAGCAUUUUACUAUUUCCUUCUGAUACUACUCAAUGAUGGGAAGCACCAACUUACCAGGUAGUGAAUUUCCAGAUGCUGGGUGUGCUCAAAGGGAGGCCAUUGGGAAUGUGACCAGGGAGUGAUGGGUAACACAGCUCUUCACUGGAUGGAAAACUGGACAUGCCGAUUUUGCUAAUGGCUCCAUUCCCACAGAAACCUCUUGUGAGCCUUGCCCCCUGGGCUGGAAGGUCUUUCAGGGCUCCUGUUACUUCUUCUCCCUGGACAAGCUCACCUGGACCCAGGCUAAUGAUUCUUGUGUCCAGAAGCAAGCUCACCUGGUUGUCAUCAACAGUCGAACAGAGCAGGACUUCCUGACAACAACUGGGCAGGUGACAUCUUGGAUAGGCCUUUUCAAAGAGGGCCAGAAAGGCAACCACAAGUGGAUGGAUGGCUCAACUCCCACCUACACUUCCCAGGUGCUCUGACAGUCAUCAUGAACGUCGGGUGGCGGAGGGACUGCUCAUGUUCUGCAGGGUGAGGGCUCCUUGCCCCCACCCCCAGAAGUCCUCCUGGACCAGGCUCAGUUUGGACCCGGAGCUCCUGCCCACCAGGCCGCCUUCACUCUCUGCCCACCCAGGGAUGGCUGCCACUCUGGCCCUAAACCACAGCUCCGUGUCUGAAUUCAUCUUCGUGGGCUUCUCCACCUUCCCACCUCAUCUCCUGCCCAUCUUCUUCCUGUUGUUCCUGCUCAUGUACCUGUUCACGCUGCUGGGGAACCUUCUCAUCAUGGCCACUGUCUGGAGUGAGCGCAGCCUGCACACACCCAUGUACCUGUUCCUGUGUGCACUGUCCAUCUCUGAGAUCUUCUACACCUUGACGAUCACCCCGCGCCUGCUGGCCGACCUGCUCUCCUCCCGCCGCACCAUCGCCUUUGCAGCCUGUGCCAGCCAGAUGUUCUUCUCCUUCACAUUUGGCUUUGCCCACUCCUUCCUGCUCACCGUCAUGGGCUACGACCGGUAUGUGGCCAUCUGCCACCCAUUGCGCUACAGCGUGCUCAUGAGCCCCCAUGGCUGCACCUGCCUGGUGACCUGGUCUUGGGCUGGUGGCUUAGUCCAAGGGAUGGUGGUGACCACAGCAAUCUUCCAUCUCACCUUCUGUGGACCCAAUAAAAUCCAGCAUUUUGGAUGUCAUGUGCCCCCUCUCUUGAAGCUGGCCUGUGGAACUGAUGUACCAAUAGUGGCCCUGUGUGUGGGGCUGAUGUGCAUCACUGUAUUGUUGGGCUGCUUUCUCCUCAUCCUCCUCUCCUACACAUUAAUUGUGGCCACCAUCUUGAAGAUCCCCUCUGCUGAGGGCAGGCACAAAGCCUUCUCCACCUGUGCUUCCCACCUUAUUGUGGUCAUUGUGCAUUAUGGCUUUGCCUCUAUCAUCUACCUCAAGCCCAAGGGUCUUCACUCCCAGGAAAGUAAGACCCUGAUGGCCAUCACCUACACGGUCCUCACGCCCUUCCUCAGUCCCAUCAUCUUCAGUCUCAGGAACAAGGAGCUGAAGACUGCCAUGAGGAAGACCUUCCUCAGUAAACUCUAUUCCUCCAGCAUCUAAGUGGCCAGUGUGAAGGUGGUGUUAGAGGAAGUAGAAGGAUGACCAUAUCCCCAUCUGUACAAUGGGGUUAACAGUGACUACCUAGUAUGAUUGCUAAAGAAGUGUGACGGCACGCAGGACAUAGCAGGUGCUCAAUAAAUGUGAGCCUUACUUCUUCUUCCUCCUUUGA